AUGCGCGUGCGAGCGGAGACGAGCUACGACAAGGAAAAUCCCGAACACCGCGUCCUGCUCAAGUCGCUGUGGGCGGCCUCCUUUCCUGACGACGAACCGCCAAGCGGCAGCUCCGUGCGGUCCUCGAAGUGGCGCGAGCUGGGGUAUCAGGGCGAUGACCCGACGCGCGACUUCCGCAGCACUGGCCUGCUGUCCCUCGACCUCAUCCUGUACCUGGCGAAGGAGCGCCCGCUGCUGUACGACAAGCUGCGGUUCCGGGACCGCCACGGCGGGGGCGGCCAGCUCAGCGGCGGCCCCGAGGACGGGUACCCCUUUGCUGCGGCGACGGUGAACGUCACGGCGAUGCUGGCGGAGAUCAUGGGGGCGAGGGAGGCGGCCGGGCAGCGUCGCCGGGGCAGGAAGCUCCCGCUGGACGCAGCGGGGAAGGCCCUCGCAGCGCUGGCUGCGGAGACGGAGGGGGGUCUGGGGGAGGUGUUUUGCGCGGCGGUGGACUUGCUGGACCGCAAAUUCGCGGAAACUGGAGCCGGGCACAUGCAGUUCCCGUCCGUGCUCAAGGAGGUGCGCAGGAUCGUGCACAAGGAGCUGUCGCGGAUGCCGCGCACGACCGGGGACCUGGAGCGGAGCCUGGGCCGCGCGUGA